AUGUACUGGACCAGCGUCUGUCUGAUUGGUAUUGCGACUAUUGGCAAGGGAUCUGAUUGGGAAGAAUUCCGCGACCUAGCUCGCGGAGGUAUCCCUGUCGCCUAUAGGAACAAGAUCUGGCAGGAGACUUCAGGAGCCCUUGAUAUGCGGUUGCCAGGCUACUACAAGGAGUUACUCUCAAGACAGAGCCUUGAAUCUUGUCAAUGCUGGAGUGAUAUCAAAAUGGAUUUACACCGCACAUUUCCUACCAACGUAUUGUUUGGGCCUGGUGGACAUGGAAUUGAUAAGCUGAAGAAUAUACUUCUCGCUUAUAGUCUCCAUAAUCCCACUGUUGGAUAUUGUCAGGGAAUGAAUCUCCUUGCUGGAACAUUACUUCUCACCAACCACUCUGAGGAAGAAGCAUUCUGGAUCCUCACUUCUAUGCUCGGACGUCACCUACCUGAAGACUAUUUCACUCAGCAACUUCUUUCUCCUCAAGCAGAUCAACGUGUCCUCAAAGAACUUGUUCAAGAGAUCAUGCCUAGACUCAGCCUACACUUUCAAGAGAUGCACGUUGAUCUCACUGCAGUGACCUUUAGCUGGUUCCUGACCCUCUUCACAGAUUGUUUGCCAGUCGAAACCCUACUCCGUGUCUGGGAUGUAUUCUUUGUCGAAGGCAUGAUCGUCGUCUUCAAGAUCGCGCUCGCAAUCCUCUGGAUGAACGAGAAGGACAUUCUCAAGUGUAGGAAUGGUGCAGCAGUCUAUUGUUUUAUGAAGCAGAUGACAUUGACCAUGCACCAGGCCGACAAGCUGAUCAAGGUCGCCUUUGUGACCUUGAAAUCCUAUAUCCAUCCUGAAAAGAUUGAGGCGAAGCGACAGCGGUACCAGAAACUUGUGAGGCAGGAACUAAUCCAGGAACAGCAGAUGCUCAAGAUGAAGACUUUCACCUGCACUAUCCCCUCAUCACCAACCUCUGCUACCAAGAAUGCUGCUCGAAGCUAA